AUUCGGGUGUUCCGGAGGAUCGCGAUGGGACAGCACGGGAGCAGCGUGGCUCACGGUGGAGCCCCCGGUUCCACCAAUGCCUUUCUCCCAGAAUCCCAGCUCUUAGAUUCCCCGAGGACAGAGCUAGAGACAGGCCGAGAGUCGUUCGAGGAGACCGCCUCCGGCGUCGGGCAGCUGGAUGACAAGGAGAAGAAGGACUGUGAGUUCCUCUGGUCCUUCCUCGCCGGCGAGGAGAAGGAGCUGGACGCGAGGAAGCGGUUGCUGGCCUCCGUCCUCACGGUCUGCAGGCUGCGGCUGGAGGGGAGGUACCUGCCCGACGGCAAGCUGGAACCACAGCACGAGGCGCUAGUGCGAAAGAAGUUGCCCAGCUACCGGUGCCCAGUGAUGUCCCUGGGCAGGCACGCCGUGCUCGCCAUCACUGCAAGGAGCAAUGAGGACAUAGCCCGGGUCGGACAGCACCUCAGACGCUGCAUUACCUACAUCUGCUCUCUCGCUGAAAUGCAGGAGCACGACAGCUUUGACGCUCCCCUCCAUGAGCAGAUGCUGCAAUCUCUGGACAGAGUGCUGCAAGUGAGGCUGCGUCUUUCGCCAGGCUUCGCCAACGUGGAGAUCAUCUUGCAGGCCCUGCUGCCCUGCACCAAGUCCAACAGGGUGAGAGUGCGCCGCUGUGCCGUGGAGAGGAUUGUCAGCCUGAGGAACCUCAUGGGCCCUGCUUUUCUGAUGGGGAGCUCGUCUCAAAACAGUGAAAGCAUGGCUGACAUUCGCCUCUUAAAAGAAAUGCCUGAUACGCUCAUGGGGCAGCUGUUGGGGCACCUCAUCCUAUGCUGUGCCGAGGAGGACGAGGACAUCAGGUGUGAGUCCACAGAGACAGUGCAAGCCAUCCACAGCAUCCUGGCAGCACGACUGGGUUACAAGUUUGGAAAUGCCAAUCCCAACCUAUACGUGGAGGAUGGACACUGGGGCCAUUUCUGCGCCCCGUAUGCUGCCUGGAAUACACUGUUAGUGGGCAGAUGGCUCCGCCCCACUGAGAGGGGGAACUUCAUCCUAACUGUCCUGGAGGGCAUGAUCCAGCCGAGGGUCUCUGACACCAAGGUGGUUGCCAGCGCGUUGGAUGCAGUCCUGAGAGAGGAGGGCUCUCAGCUCUCAAACGUGCCAGAGAUGGUGCAGAGCAUCUGUGACAACCUCACAUCAGACAGCAACGCGUUGCUUCGGGACAUCAUGAUCCAGACCCUUUUGAAGAUCACGCGCUUGGACCCGCAGCGUGUGGUCAGGACCAUGCUGCGUGAUAUCUCGUGGUGCAACACGUCUCUCACAGUCAUGUGGCAGGCGAUUGUCUCCGAAUCCAGCCUUGCACAGGUCGUGGUGAAGAACCUGUUGCUGGAACAGCCAGAGCCAAGCCACAGUGACCUUCACCAGGGCUACAGCUGCAACCAUAACCUGGCUAUAAGCCACGCCAUGCACACGAUCCUGCAUCUGCCGUCCAGUGAAGAGUGUGUACGGUUGUUUAUGCGCAAGCUGUACAGGACAGUGCUCCUCAAGAUCUUCUUCAUCCUGCAGUGCUCACAGCGUGGCUGCUUCAACUUGAGAGACGGUGAUACGGAGGAGAACAUGUUGCCUGUGAAAGAAAUCAGGAAUGCGGUGGAGUGCAUGAGAGCAAUUUUCCGACACCGGAUGGGUGACAGUUUGGUGGAGGACAUCGAGAGGCAGGGUGGCUGGGACAUGCUUAUGAGCCUUGAGACCUACCACACAGGCGUGGCUGUGCUGACCAGGGCACUGCGAAACACUGGGCCGCUCUGCUGUGCUGCGGUGUUUGAAGAAACAGUCGUAGCUCUCAUCGUGAGACAGGAGCACGAGAUCGGGACCAUGGCUGUGUUCGUUGAGCUGCUGGACUGCGUGAAGGUCGCCACCAUCAUGGAGCGCAUUGGCAGCACGAGCAUCCUGAGCUUCCUCCCAUCGUAUCUGCAGAGUCAGAACUCGGUGCUGCGUGACUUGGCUACCACCAGCCUGGUCAAGCUGUCUGCAAUACCCACAAUGGCAGUAAUUCUGCAAGACCUGCUGCCAGAGAUCAUGCAGCAACUGCAGGAUGCCGACAGCAACAUCGGUGCAAAGGCCAUGACUGUCCUCCAUAAUUUGCUGCGCGUGACAGACCGGCAGAAGGCGGUACCCAUUGCCCUGCAGCUGCCUAAGCUACUGCUGCCCUUCUUCUUAAAUGAGUCCAGCCACGUGAGGCAGCUCUCCAUCCUUCUCUGUAAGGAUGCCAUGGAGGUUGCAGGGCACACCCGCAGAGCAGAGAUGAAGAAGGAAGUGCGCAACAUCCUCCUGCCUCUCUUCUUCCACAUGCACGACCAGGACCAGAGCGUGGCUCAGGCCUCUUGGGAAGCCCUUCUUUGCGCGGCCAAGCUGCUGAAGCGCAAACACCUCAGGUACCUGCUGAAGACAGCGCAGACGCAGAGGAUUGGCGAGUGCCUGCUGAUGGGUCACGGCAGCAGAGCGGACCAGUUCCUGGAGCAGAGCCUGUCCUACCUGCGGAGCCCCCAGGAGCCCCUGCAAGAGGCGGCCGUCAGGUUCAUUGGGCUUGCUGGGCAGCACUUGAGAGAUGGCCGUGAGGAGAAGCUGAACAACGCCAUCGAGGCCCUGAGAAGUUUGGAGCGUACCGGCAGCUCCUCCGCUUCCACCCUGGUGGCUGAAACCAUCCAGCUCCUGAGAACACUCCUUGGAGUCAGCCCUCUUCGCUACCGGCUCAGCAGCAUGUGGGAGAGGAGGCUGCACUCCCUAAGAGCUGGCUGGUUGCGCUGCUGCAGCUGUGCUCAGGGCUGACCCCAGCUCCAGCCCUGUGGCCCUGCGCAACCCUUCGCGUUAUCCUUGCUGGCCCCUCUGCUGGGCUUCCCUGAAAGACACAGCCCUCUCGCUUCACCGCGCUGAGACUGAAAGAAACCAGUGCACCAUCAUCUUCACUCGCAACUGGAUCACAGAAUCAUGGAAUCGUAGACUCACUCGGGUUGGAAAAGACCUUGAAGAUCAUCGAGUCCAACCAUGACCUAACCAUCCUAACCUAACAGCCCUCUGCAAAAUCAUGUCCCCGAGCACGACAUCCAAACGGCUUUUAAACACAUCCAGGGAUGCUGACUCAACCACUUCCCUGGGGAGCCUAUUCCAGCACUUAACAACCCUUGCUGUGAAGACGUGUUUCCUGAUGUCCAACCUAAGCUCCCCCUGGCGCGACUUGAGGCGCUUUACAAGCCUUGUUGCCCUUCUUUAAACCUACAAGAGGGAAGCUUUUGUAUUUACUGUAUUAACAUCUAUUUAUUGAUACAGAAUAAACAUCCUCUGUAUU